ACAUGGAGUCGGGGCAGCGCAGCCUGGACGCGGAGCAGAUGCAGCAGCAGCAGCAGUUGAAACUACGGGAGCGGCAGAAAUUCUUUGAGGAGGUUUUCCAGCAUGAAGUGGAUUUCUUCUUCCCUGUGUCUCACCUGCAGCUGGAGCAUCGAAGACCCCCCUUAGGCAGCAUUUCCUCCAUGGAGGUGAAUGUGGACGUGCUGGAGCAGAUGGACAUGAUGGACCUGUCAGACCAGGAUACCGUGGAUGUGUUUCUGGCCUGUGGGACAGAGGACAGCAGCGCAUCUGAGCCCCAGCCAGGAGCAGAUGCCAGCCAGUGCCAAGAGGAGAUCACCCUGCAAGUGCCCAAUGCAGCUGAGACCAAGUCACGCAUUUCCUCCACGUCCUCUGUCUCCACGGAUCCCAACAGCCUGGACACCAGCGAGGAGGGGGCUGAGACCCCUGUGGUGCAGUCAGAUGAGGAGGACCUGCAGGAGGACAGUCCUAAAGAGCUAGCAAGAAGCUAGCAGCCAGCUCUGCCCUGCUCCCAGCCUCUUCUGGAUGGACCUGCCAGCCUGGAGGAAGGAAAGCUGCUGGCACUCAGUAAACCCCAUCCUGGACUGCUGCCUUGCAGGAGAGGAGAGAUGGUUUUCCCCUCCUCUCCCUCUGCAGGUUCUCCUGACAACCAAGGGAGAAGCAGAGGGGUAUUGUAGGCUCCCAAAAUUAACUCUUCAGGCUUUGCUGCUAACACUUCCUGCUUCAUUCCCCCCAAACGCUCAGCAUCCCACAGCCCCACCAUUCCCAGAAACCAUCCCUUGGGAUCCCAGCUCCCAUGGUCCCACUGACAAGCAUCCCAUCCAGACAAGCAUUUAACAAAGGCAUACAGAGAAAUAACACUUCUGUCUAACCAA